UGCAAACAAGACCAGCAGAUAAGGGGACACGCAGGACCCUCCCGUGGGCAGUGGCGACUAAAACCUCUCAACGUGACACUUGUUUGGCUGUCAGGAACACAUUGUAUUCCUCUAAGACUGGAUGAACUGUGCGCAGUUUGUGGUCGAAACGCUUUGAAUACUUUGACAUAUUGACGCUGAUGGUACAUGGCGAUGGCCGCUCCAUCAACACCAACAGCAGGACCAGCUACGGCGGAUAACCCCGAGCUCUCACGCCUGGGGGGCAUUGAGGACUUGGAGAUGAAGGUGGGGCCGGUGCGGAGGAACCUCUUCGGGCCCGUGGACCACCAGCAGCUGCAGAAGGACUUCCAGCGGCUGCUCUGCACGAACGUGGAGGCGGCCAACAAGCGCUGGAACUUCGAUUUCCAGAGCGAAAUGCCAGGAGAGGACUCCUCCCACAUUGAAUGGGAGGAGCUCAGGUACCAGGACGUACCGGCGUUUUACCGCAGCUGCACGAUUAGGGCAGCGCCGCGUCCGACGGCCAAAAGGCGGACGUCGUCUUUGUCGGACGAGAGUUCCCCGGGGUACAGCAGCUCGUGCGGGUCUGGGGACGAGUACCUGGAGGUGACCACAAAGGGGUGCUACCGGAUCCAACGGCAAGGAAAACGCAGACAGUCUACCAUCACAGAUUUCUACAAGGUGAAGAAGAGCAAGCUUCUGCAUUACAAAGCAUCUUCUCGGCAGUAGAGAAGCACAACGAGAACCAGUGGAGGAUCACUUAGUGGUCGACAUCCCUCCACACAUCACCUCACAUAGAUAUGUGUCAUAUAUGUAUAUAUAUAUAUGUAGCAAAUUGCAACUGACUGUCCACAAGCUCAUCCAGCAUGGGCUUAAAAACUCCUCCAACACCAUAUACCUUAAAUGUUCAGCACAAGGAAGCUACCAUUUUCCUGGUUGAUCAACCUCAGACUUUUAGGAACGGUUCUUGUUGAUAGUUGUAAAUAUUAUAUAUGUUCUAUAUACUGUUUUCCUCAGCUUUUUACUAUACUGUGAAAUGAUUGUGAAUGCACUCUUAAUAACAGAAAGCAGGCUCUAGUUUUAAGAGGUUCAUUUUCUUCUGAACGGGCCUCGGAUAGUAUUUGACCUCAACCUUUUUUUCUCCCUCUUGCUAAAAGUCAUAAGAGGGUUUUGAUUAGAUGAGUUACUAUUCCUGGCCUCGCUCCACACUUAGCCUUUAGUCUCCCCCCAGGGCUCCUAUAGCACGAGUCAAGCCGGGGGUCAAAACCUCACCGAAGGGCUCAGAAUUUAGCAGCGCGACUGUGAUUAGCUCCAGGGCAAAGGUCAACGGUGGAGGUUAAGCAAUGAGGUAAUGCUGCCGUACCUGUACAACAGUGACUCAAAUUCCUAUGUGACUAUUUAUUUAUUAUUCACGAUGCUAGAUCAUCGUCAAAAAAAAAAGAAAAAAAAUGAAAGCAAUGUGUAAAACGAGGUAAAAUGAAGUGUUUGUAGAAACCUGUGCCAUUGCACCCAAAUUCUGCCUUAGACUAUAAGUCAUUAUAGGUUAUAUACACUCCACCGUUGCCACUUAAAGAUAUUGGCCAUAUAUUUAACAAAAAUAUACAAAUCACAUCCCCCUUUACAAUUUGCAUUAUUUGCAUAAUGGGGCUGUAAAAAAAUCUAUAUUUGUUUGGGCAACAGACCAGAACAUAUCUUAUUUAGUUGUAUAUUGUCAGCUUUAUGCUUAUAAUGUAGCAUUUUUCCACUCUGUCUCCAUGUGACGUCCCCCUUGUAAGUGUUAAACACACCUCUUUUCUCCUUGAAGGGAUUGUAGCGUUUUAUCACCGUGUUGCAGCUCAAAGGAAUCCAAAACUUUUGGUUCUGCUUUUGGUAAUUUCUUUCAUAUGAAGAGUCGAACUGCUUCACUUUUCCCUGUGCCAUUCUAUAAGUGUUUGUGUACAUAUGCAUAGAAGUGUUUUGUGUAUGAAUGCGUUGGUUUGCUGUUUAUCUUGAGGUUUUAUAACAGUCGUGGCAGCUGAGGCAGUUGAACCAAAGAGAAAUUGCUGUGCCAUUAAAAUUAGACGCACGUCAUUAAUACAAGUCGCUCACUGUUUGGCGGGAUCAGUCAUGGGUCACGGAAGGUCUCAAACAUGUCAAGAUCUUCGAAUAUAUCGUGUAAACACACCAUAACUGCUCAACUAACAGUUUUGGUGACUCAAAUAAGAUACUUUUUACCCCUAAACCUACAGUCAUUCUCAUUUCUAUAUGGAUGAAAAGCCAUAACCUGGAUUAAUCCACUCUUACUACCUCAUGAAGUGAUUCAGUAAAACAAACAAGAAAAACCAAUGUAGCUGAGGUUGUUUGCGUCUACAGGCGAAAGAGAGACGGAGAGACAGAAACAAGGGAGGUUGGAGGGGGGGGAUGUCUGAUAAUUUUGUUGUGGUAAAAGCUGUCGAGUUUCACAUCAGGUAAAAGAGUCAGUGUGUCAGAACGGGGCCCAGCUCCGAGCAGAGGAAACGGGUCCCUCAGGGGGGGGGAGGCGGCUUUUGUUGUCUCCCCCAUAAAUAGACAGAGGAAUAGUGGUGGGGGUGGGGGGGGGAAAGGGACAAACUUUAAUAAGGGAACCUUCACCACAAAUGUCUUCUGGAUCAAAGGAUUUCUCCAGCCAGACAAGUGGCCAGCGAUUCAGACACUCUUUUGUCUGCACCCCCUUUAAAGUCUCCAAGUCUCUCUUUCAUGAACAAACCGCCUCAGUCUCUGCGAAGAAUCUGCAUGAAAGCAGUUGUUCAUAAUCAUGUUGUUCUUUCAUGGCUCAACAACGCGAUAUUUCACAGAUCUAAAAAUAGCCAACAUGGCUAUUUGAAAUUGUUUUUGUCAACUUAUCUGUGUGUUUGUUUGUGUGUGUGUGAAACAAUGUUUGUGUGCACCGAUCUUCUCAGACGAAACUUUCAAAGUCUAUAUUAACUUAUUUUGAGUUUGUAUCAUUUGUUAUGUAGGGAAAUAAUUUUAAAUCCCCUAAGUUGUUUUUUGGUAUAACUAACUAAUUGUGUUAUUUCUGAAACUAUAUCUUUGCACUACUUUAAACAUUGUUGACAAGAGAGAUAUUUUUUAUGGUAAUCUUUAAAAAAAACAAAAAAAAACAUCCAAAAAAACAAAAACUGACUGAGAAACUCAGGCACAGAUUAUCACAUUUUAAAUGAAUAAAAAAAUGUUUUUCCUCAAAUCACACUGUUGGACACAGUUUCUAUGUGUUCAUUACGUUUUUUGUAGCCUUUUUAGUCUUCCUCAAGUCUGUUCGGUGGAAAAAAUAAAUCAAUGAAAACUCAAAUGAUAAAUAUUGAGAUUGACUGGUUAGUGUCUCACUGUCAAACUUCGCUUUCCUGAAUCACCUGUCGCAGCUAUAUCGAAGUGUAGCGUACUAGCGUUUGUUUUUUUUGUUGUAACUUUGUUUAUGCAUGAAUGUAUGAUAAUCUUUGUACAACAUUUGUAAGAAUUUUAUUGUAAUUUAAAUCUUGUUUAUGUUCCCUUGCAACAUGUAAGAAGUGUAUUUGUAUGGGAUCAGAAUCAUAUCCUUUUUGAUAAUAAUUGUAAAGAAAAUAUAUUGCUGGAUUGUUGGUGCACGGUUGCCUUCAUAUUGUUGAUUUCUUAUAGCGUGCUCAAAAUAAUAAAAAGAAUGACUGAGAUUGAUACAAA